AUGGUUGUUCAGCUAAAAUACAUACAUACAGAUACAAAUAGUAAAUUGAUUAAAACGAUUGAUGAUCAUAAUCAUCUUCCAGAGAAAGAAAAACUUGAAGUUCGUGAAAAAGUCAAACAACGUGCAAUUAACGAAACAACACCCAUUCCACGUAUCUAUGAUGAAGAGUGUGCAAAAUCGAUGUUGUCAAACGCAGCAAUUGCUGUAUUACCAAGUGAACGUGAAAUGAAUAGUGGAAUCAACAAAGCACGUCGGGGUAU